UAAGGGCGGAGGCGCGGGAGGCUGUGGAUGCCCUCGGGGUUGGUGCCCCCAGUCGGCCUCGGCUCCUGGCCCGGCUGGUCCGCUGGGAACACAACUUCCAGCAGCCACAAGGGAUGCUGCUAUGCAGGUGCCAUCUGAAAUGAGCUCUUCCCCAGAAGGUUUCGUGCAGGUUCUGUGCAGUGAUGGGGAAACUGCAAAGCAAACUCAAACACAGCACGUAUAAAUACAGCAGGCCUGAUGGAAUUAUAGAAGAGAGAAUUCAAACUAAAGCUUUUCAAGAGUACAGCCCAGCUCACGUGGAUACCGUCUCUGUUGUUGCCGCUUUGAACUCAGACCUCUGUGUCUCUGGAGGAAAAGAUAAGACAGUGGUGGCCUAUAACUGGAGAGCUGGAAAUGUGGUGAAAAGGUUCAAAGGACAUGAACGUGAAAUUACCAAGAUAGCCUGUGUUCGCAAAUCAGACCAGUUCUUCAGCGCCUCUCGCGACAAGAUGGUCAUGAUGUGGGACUUGGAAGGCUCCUCACAACCAAGGCAGCAGUUCUCUGGCCACACCAUGGUGGUCACUGGGUUGGCUGUGAGUCCAGACUCAUCACAGCUGUGCACUGGCUCCCGUGACAACAGCCUGCUUCUGUGGGAUGUGGGGACCGGACAGUGUGCCGAGAGAGUGUCAGUCUCCAGGAACCUGGUCACUCACCUGUGCUGGGUCCCCAGAGAACCAUAUAUACUCCAGACCUCUGAAGAUAAAACCAUCAGACUGUGGGACAGUCGGGGGCUGCAUGUAGCUCAUGUAUUUCCCGUAAAGCAGCACAUCCAGACCUACUGCGAGGUCAGUGAGGAUGGACACAGGUGUAUCUCCUGCAGCAGCGGCUUUGGAGGAGAAGGCUGUGAAGCCACAUUGUGGGACCUUCGGCAGACGCGGAACAGAAUCUGUGAGUAUAAGGGGCAUUUCCAGACUGUUGCAUCCUGUGUCUUUCUACCAAGGGCAUUAGCCUUGAUGCCUGUAAUUGCUACCUCAUCACAUGACUGCAAGGUGAAGAUCUGGAACCAAGAUACUGGAGCCUGCCUUUCCACCUUGUCUCUGGAUGGAUCAGGACCCUUGACUUCCCUGGCUGUUGCUGACACCACCUCCUCAUUGUGUGCAAGUUUCAGCAGAGGAAUUCACUUACUCAGGGUGGACCACAGCCAAGGACUGGAACUGCGGGAAGUGGCAGCAUUCUGAGGCCAAGAGACCUUCCCUGGACAAUAGCAAACUGUGGCCCCUUCCUUUCUCAGUGUGACUGUGUUUGUCCCUGUUACCCUGGGAGGGCAAUGUGGGGCUGGUGUUCUUUGCUUAGGUUCCCUUAGAAGGUAUGGCAGUAUUAGAAGUCAAUUUAAGUCCAGUGGUUCAAAAUCAGGUGCACAGAUUAGAAACAUAAAGUUCUCAAUCUAAGUUAAAUCCAAAUGCAAUUUCUAAUGAGCUUUGGGGACUGCUCUUCAAAAAAAAAAAGUUCAUGGCUCAGAACACAGGGUCUGAGUCUAUUGAACUGACCUUUUCCAUGUCUCUACAAAAGAAAAAAAUGCAGAGGGGAGAGAAACUCUGUUUUGGUUGCCUCACAAUUAUCUGACUGAGAAAGAAUAACACAUAGAUGAAAUGGAUUGUAGACAUGAGAUUAAGCUCUAAUCACUGACCCUUAACAAUGUGAAAGAUCAAAGUUAGGGCAAGAAAGCAAAAGCCUUGGCCUCUCCUCGGAGUCGCGGAGCAGGAGGAGGCAAACCCUGCCUGCCCUCGGAAGCCUCCUACACGGGUGCUGGGGCUGCGUGAAAAUGAGACCUGAGACGGCUCGAGGAGGCUGAUGACCACGGCCCUCACCCAGGGUUACAUGAGUUAUCAAACCUGUUCUGUGGAUAAGAAAAUGGAGAGAUUAAAGCUAAAAUUUUUCAUUUGUA